UAUUAUCGCGCCCCACUCAAGACACGUUCGUUAGUCAAUUGCUACUUGGAUAUCGGGCAAGAUGCCGAGGCUUCUUUACCUUCUCUGUGCUGUUGCCGUAAUCGUUCCGUUGCAGUCGAGCGGACAAUCGAUGUCGGAACAGUAUCACAGUCUUUACGGCGAUGAUGUGAGCGGACGCGAAUUGACAAAUAUAUUUGAGCUAAGUGUCGGGGCCUUAAACUUCCUGCAGCAGGGCCAACGUUAUAGAAGCCAGGAGAUACCGGAUACGGUUCCGCAGAGCGGAGCCGUAUACGAUUUCGUGGUAAUUGGCGCCGGCACAGCCGGCGCCACGAUAGCCGCGAGGCUAAGCGAGAUUCACCAGGUUGAGGUGUUACUGAUCGAAGCUGGAUCUAAUGAGAAUUUCCUCAUGGACAUUCCUAUUCUCGUUUACUUUCUGCAGCUAAGCAACGAUAUCAAUUGGAAGUACCGAACGAAAUCGUCCAACAAAUAUUGUCUCGGCAUGGACGACAACAAGUGUAAUUGGCCUAGAGGCAAAGUGAUGGGCGGUAGCAGCGUACUAAACUACAUGAUCGCAUCUAGAGGCGGCGCUGAGGAUUACGAUCGAUGGGCUAAGAUGGGAAACAAGGGUUGGGCUUACAAGGACGUCCUCGAAUAUUUCAAGAAACUGGAGACGAUCGAUAUCCCAGAGCUGCAAUCGGACACUAUUUAUCACGGAACUAAAGGGCCGUUGCACAUCUCUUACUCGUCAUUCCAUACAUUAUUGGCAGAGGCCUUUCUAAAAGCUGGGAAGGAACUCGGAUACCCGGUGUUGGAUUACAACGGGAAGAAUAUGAUAGGAUUCUCUUAUUUGCAGAGUACGAUCAUUAAUGGCACCCGCAUGAGCAGCAACAGAGCUUAUUUACACCCCGCGAGAGAUCGUCGGAAUCUUCACGUGACACGUGAGAGCAUGGUGAGAAAAGUGCUGAUCGAUCGUCAUACGAAUCGGGCUGUCGGCGUAGAGUUUGUCAAACACCGUCGAAUUAUCCGUGUAAUGGCAAGCAAAGAGGUGAUUUUGUGCGCAGGUGCCAUCGGAUCACCACAAUUACUAAUGUUGUCUGGCAUCGGUCCGGCAAAACAUCUUAGCAAACUCGGUAUAAAUGUCAUCCGGGACUUGCCGGGGGUUGGUGAAAAUCUGAUGGAUCACAUAGCUUUUGGCGGACUAACGUGGACAGUGGAUGAGCCGAUAGGUUUACGAUUUUCCGAGAUCACAAAUCCUACUCUUCCAUACAUAAAGGAUUUUCUGACGGGGCGAUCGGGACCACUCACGACCCCGGGUGCGUGCGAGGCUCUCGCUUUCAUCGACACCAAGCAUCCAAAAAAAUUUGAUAAUUUACCGGAUAUCGAACUGCUAUUUAUCGGUGGCGGAUUUAAAGGAGAUAUUAUUCUUCCAACUGUAAUGGGUUUCAACAAUCAAAUGCGUCAGAUAUGGGACAAAUAUCGUAACAAUUAUGGCUGGACUGUGUUACCGAUGUUGUUGAAACCAAAGAGUCGUGGACGGAUAAGACUAUUGGCCAACGACAUUAACGUCAAACCCGAGAUCGUGCCGAAUUAUUUCGACGAUCCAGAAGACGUCAAGACAAUGAUUGCCGGCAUUAAAGCUGCAAUGAGCGUCGGCCAGACAAAAGUAAUGCAAAAGUUUGGUUCACGAUUGUCGAAUGAUACUUUUCCUGGAUGUGAAAACUACGAGUACGAUACUUAUGCUUAUUGGGAGUGCGCGAUAAGAACGGCAUCUAUCACUAUUUAUCACUUUUCUGGCACUUGCAAGAUGGGACCGAGAGAGGACCCGACUGCUGUCGUCGAUCCGAAAUUAAAGGUGAUUGGUAUUCAAGGAUUACGAGUAGCAGAUGGGUCCAUCAUGCCCGAGAUUACAUCGGCGCACAUAAACAUACCAAUUUAUAUGAUUGCCGAGAAGUUGGCAGAUAUGAUCAAAGAAGAAUGGGGAUACUUGGACAAGUUACAAACGUAACGAUACAGUAUUAAUGAAGAGUUUCCGAUAUAAACUUUUAUUGAAAACUAGUAAUUCACGGUGAAUAACCAAAAGUAAAAGUUUAAAUAAGGUACCGGAAAAUUGACAUUAUGGAAAUAUUUGUAUAACCAGUAUUCAACUAUCAUUACAACAAUUAAUAUUUAGCUAGAUUUGAAUUAAAUUUGAUAAUACUUUUUA